GUGAUGAUAUUAUAAUAGAAUCCAAAAUGGCAGCGAGAUAAUAGGGGCAGGGGUAGUGGUAGAAACUGUUCUCAUAUUAAACCACAACAAAGAGGAGACUGAGUGUAUGUGACAAUAAAUAUGUUGCAAGCAUUGAGCUAACGUGAGCUCCUUCACUGAUAUCAGGAACACUGGUGUCUCACCGUCCUGUCGGUGCCUAUCACGACAGCCGUCAUGAUGAAGCUGUACAGACCCCUGUGCUCUGACGUAACGUUGAGACUCGCCGUGGAUAUUUCCCCGGACUACGAUGAGGAGGAUGACGAUGACGAGGAGCCAAAAUUCCCCUUUCUCAACGACAACGGCAACGACGGCAGCUACGGCGCAGACGGUGAGGGUUCGAACCCUCCUGGUAUGAAAAACGCCGCCGCCGAGAAGAGCAAAACGUACAAAUCGUUUUCCUCAGCUAUUUCCCCCUCCUCUUCCCCCUCCCCUUCUUCUUCGUCAGCGCCGUCUUCUUCCUCGUCUUCAGCCUCAUCGUCACCAUACCAUGCCGCUCGAAUCACGACUCAGGCUGGUGGUGGGUGUAACGGCAGUGAUCAUAUAAAUCAAAAUAGCGGCGGUGGCACGAAUAACCGUCGCGGAAUCUCAGACACUUCUGGAGUCAGUGGUGCCACUCGCAACUUGAACCAGGCCAACAAAAUCUCCCACCUGCACGGCCACCACCACCACCACCACAAUACCCACUACCACAACAACCACGGAGGCUGCAGCUUCUACUCCCGCCAAAACACUCCAGAUAAAACCGCCAAAGAUAUCUACAACCACGAACACGUUCUCAGCGGUGAUGUCAGCAGUGAAGACUUCCAGAAGGUUCCUCUCGACUCGGAGUUCAAGCGGACUGUAGAAGAAGAUGGUUACGACUUCAAGGAGGUCAGUCUAUUUGACGAGAUAGAGAACACGGAGACGUCUACGUCGUUGUAUGAUGAGCUGGAACAUAACGGUAAUAACAACGUGGCUCAUCACUACGGCAGAAGCCCUCUCCGAGGUGGCGACGGGAGGGACCAUUACAGAGACGCUGAAUUAUCCUGCUGUUUUAAAGACGCUUCGAGGCUCGAUAAUCACGCCGUGAAAAAGAAGAAGAGGGGCUCGUCGGGAGGUAAAUUGUUGGAGGGGACACACAACCAUGGGGAUAGGGAGGGGGGUACAGUGACACGUGAUUACGCAAAUGGCUGCAAUAAGAGAAGACGGCGACUUGCGAAAGAGGGGGUGGGUAAGGGAGAGGAAGGUUGCUCUGAUGAAAAUGUGACGGAUGAUGAGGAAGAUGAUGAGGAUUUCGAUGAGGUAGCGGCAGCGCAAAGCAACGAUGACAUAAUGGAAGAUGAUCUUGUGGAUGUUGAGGAUGAUGUUGAAGAAGAGGAGGAUGAUGAUGAUGAUCUGUCUAUCAUGGAGUUUGACCCCACAUGCGUAGUCCAGGCUCCUGAGGAAUUGCCCAUUGACUUGGAUGAAGAUAUCGACGUGGUCGAUAAGCAGGU